CACAGCACACGUGAAUCCUGGGGAACCAGGAAGCAAGAGCCGGCUGGAAUGAACACAUCUGUUUGGGAGGAGUAACCUGUGGUGGAGGCCUACUGGGGGGAGGAAUGGACGUGCUUUCAGCUUGAGUGUUGCCCCAGCAUUAUCUGAGCUCGCUGCCUGGGUGAUUAACUCUGAGCCUCGGAUGUGCAGACCUGGCGUUUUGUCGGGUCUGGGCAGAAACAGGGCCACUUCCCUCUUUGUUCUGGAAGUGUGUGUUGGCCCCAGCUGGGUGGCAGAGACCAUGAACUAUUAGUUUUUGCUGAUUUUUUGCAUCUCUCGGGGAGCGGAGGGCCCAGAAGCCAUGUCCGAGCUACUACUCCUGGGCCUGAUUGCGGCCCUGGUGCUGACCCUUCUGCUGACCCUGCUGGGUUUUGCCGUGUACUCUGGGCUGCUGGAAGAUGUAGUAGUGAGUGCAGGGUCUCCCCCAAUCCGGAACAUCACACUGGCCUACAAGUUCCACGUGGGCCCUUACAAGGAGUCGGGCCGGUUAUUCACGGAGAGCUGCAGCAUCUCUCCACGCCUUAGUUCCAUUGGGGUCUACUAUGACAACCCCCACACGGUUCCUCCGGAGAAGUGCCGCUAUGCCGUGGGCAGCAUCCUGAGUGAGGGUGAAGAAUCACCAUCACCGGAGCUCAUCCGCCUUUACCAGAAGUUUGGCUUCAAGAUCUUCUCAUUCCCAGCCCCGAGCCACGUGGUGACAGCCGUCUUCCCCUACACCACAGCGCUGUCCAUCCAUCUGGCUGCUCACAGGGUCCAUCCCGCCCUGGACACCUAUAUCAAGGAGCGGAAGCUAUGUGCCCAUCCCAGGCUGGAGAUCUACCAGCAGGACCAAAUCCACUUUGUGUGCCCACUGGCUCGACAGGGUGACUUCUACGUGCCUGAGGUGAAGGAGACGGAACGCAAAAGCCGAGCAGCUGCUGAGGCUGAUGACACCCAAACUGAUGUCACAGGAGCUGACACGCUGAGCGACACCAGCUCCAUUAGUCUGGAUGCAAGCCCUGGGAGCCGUGAGAACUCCACCACCACCUCCACCAUGUCCCCCGGUGUGGCAGGGCGCAGCUGGGAUGACACAGAUGACCGGAGUGAGCACAGCUACAGCGAGUCGGGCACCAGUGGUUCCUCCUUCGAGGAGCUCGACCUGGAGGGUGACGGCGCCUCGGGCGACCCUCGCUUUAGCCACGAGGCCGAGCCUCCCGGGCCCAAGUGGGCCAAAGAGCCCAGCACCCCAGAGAAGGAUGAGGAGUAGCUGCCCCUCCUGGGCAAGGCCUCUGCCUUUCAGCCCCACUCUCCUCGGGCUUAAUCAAAGAGGAACUGAUCCAGUUCAUCCUUCCCCACCUCUAACCUGGCCUGGCUGGGCCUGUCUCUUGCCCUUCUUCUCAAGACCCUUGGCUCCAAGGGCUGGGGCCCGGUGCAGCCCCGGCUGACCCUGUGGGUCUGUAGAGUGGCUCGUUGCCAUCUCCUGACCAGGUUGGGGGGUUGUCGUACUCCCCCCCACAACCCUGAGCUGUUUUCUCUGUUCUUUCUCCUCACUCCCUGGCCUGUUAUUCCCAGGCAGCUGGAGGGAGCACAAUCUCUUCCCUCCCAUUUGCCCCUCCCUCAUCAGUCUCUUUUUCAGACUUACAUUGGGACUUUUAGGAUCCAGAAUAAAGCAGAUGAUUUUCGUUUCA